CAAAUACACGUUGCGGAGGAAAGAGAUCGGCUGCAACCUAAAAAACCUCAAAAAUGGGGAUUCGAUUCGUGCUGAUGGUGAACAAGCAGGGACAGACCCGUCUCGCUCAAUACUAUGAAUAUCUUACACUUGAAGAGCGGCGGGCUCUCGAAGGUGAAAUAGUUCGCAAAUGCCUCGUCCGCACCGAUCAACAGUGCUCCUUUGUUGAACAUCGAAACUACAAAGUUGUGUAUAGGCGAUAUGCAUCUUUAUUUUUCCUGGUUGGAGUGGACAACGAAGAAAAUGAGCUUGCAAUAUUAGAAUUCAUACAUUUGCUGGUGGAAACUAUGGAUCGACACUUUGGCAAUGUGUGCGAGCUGGACAUCAUGUUCCAUUUGGAGAAAGCACAUUUCAUGCUGGAAGAAAUGGUGAUGAAUGGUUGCAUCGUCGAGACAAGCAAGACCAAUAUCCUCUCCCCUAUACAGCUAAUGGAGAAAGCAUCAUAGGUCAGUAUUUGUUCUGCUUCACACUUGAAAGUUGAAUCUCAGUUUGUGUUUGUUCUGCAUCUUUCUCUCUCGCACCCUCUCUAAGAUCUGUUGUUUCGACAAAACUAGACAUUUAUACUGCAAUGAUGGAUUUAUGAAAAGUAAAUGCUUGUCGAUAUUGUAUCAAGUCCAAUUCAAGACAAUUCCAUAUAUUGUGCACAUCUCAAUUCAAGCAUUUUGCUCCUUUUCUCUGUA